AUGAUCGACAGCAUAGAUUGUAUGCAUUGGGAAUGGAAAAAUUGUCUGUCUGCAUGGAAAGGACAAUAUCAAGGAAGAGCUAGGGUUGCUACUUUAGUUCUUGAAGUUGUUGCUUAUCGUGACUUAUGGAUAUGGCAUUAUUUCUUCGGGAUACCAGUGAAUGAUAACCAAUAUGAUAAGGGUUAUUAUCUCACUGAUGGUAUAUAUCUGAAUUGGGCAACAUUCAUUCAAUCGGUUACAUGUCCUCAAACUCGCAAGGACAAGUUAUUUUCUCAACACCAAGAAGAAGCUCGAAAAGAUGUAGGGAGAGCAUUUGGGGUACUGCAAUCUCGGUUUGCUAUAGUUCGUAGACCAUCCCUCACAUUGGAUGAGGAAAUUCUCAAUGACAUCAUCUUGUCUUGCAUUAUCAUGCACAGCAUGAUUGUGGAAGAUGAACGAGAUACAUAUGCACACUACGCAGAUACUACUAAAUUCACUAUAAAAACAAAUAAUAAUGGCGACGAAUUUAAAUAUUAUCGUGAUCGGAUCCUAGAUAUUAACCGUUACAUGGCGAAUAGAGAUGCAAUUGAAGAUCAACAUGUGAAUCAAUCCUUGAAACUUGAUUUCCACUAG